AUUCAUUUCUUUAACCUACUGACUCAUGGUGACAGCCAUGCUAGUGCGCUUUAUUAUACAAACUGGUUCUUUUCUUGUGUGUGAGACUGACAAAAGAUUUUAGUGAAUGGAUUUCUGGCAUGGAAAGCAAGAAGUGGGUUCGAACCUAAGAAUUACCUUCAACAAGAACAACUCAUUUCGAAGUUAGUUUCACUGAUAGAGAAAACACAGUUAUUGUCAUUAGAAUUUUGAGCAUUCGGUUUCUCUGUUUCUUGCACAAUAUUCUACUUCAAUGGAUAUGAGAAGAAGAGUAGUUUUCUUUUGUUUUGUUACUUUCUUUUCGUUUUGGAGUACUGCAUAUGGGUUGUUAUCUCCUAAAGGUGUAAACUUUGAAGUGCAAGCUUUAAUGGGUAUAAAAGCUUCUUUACAUGAUCCGCAUGGGGUUCUAGAUAAUUGGGAUGGUGAUGCUGUUGACCCUUGUAGCUGGACUAUGGUCACUUGUUCUCCUGAAAGUCUUGUGAUUGGCCUGGGAACUCCAAGCCAGAAUUUAUCUGGUACUCUUUCUCCAAGCAUUGGCAACUUAACAAAUCUUCAAAUUGUGCUUUUACAGAACAACAAUAUUACAGGACCAAUUCCUGCAGAGAUAGGAAGGCUAUCGAAGCUUCACACACUUGAUCUUUCUGACAAUUUCUUCACUGGAGAAAUUCCUUCUUCUUUAGGCCGCCUAAGGAGUCUCCAAUACAUGAGGCUAAAUAAUAACAGUCUUUCUGGAACUUUCCCGAUGUCAUUGGCUAACAUGACCCAGCUUGUGUUUCUUGAUUUGUCUUACAAUAAUCUAAGUGGCCCUGUACCCAGAUUUCCAGCUAAAACAUUCAACAUCGUUGGGAACCCUUUAAUAUGCCCAACUGGGUCUGAACCGGAAUGCUUUGGGACAACACUAAUGCCAAUGUCUAUGAACUUGAAUAGCACACAAACUGCUUUACCUUCUGGCAGACCAAGGAAUCACAAAAUAGCGGUUGCAUUCGGUUCUGGUGUUGGUUCUGUCUCACUCAUCAUUCUUGUGAUCGGAUUACUUCUAUGGUGGAAGCAAAGGCAUGAUCAACCGAUAUUUUUUGAUGUUAAGGACCGACACCAUGAGGAAAUUUCUCUUGGAAACUUGAGGAGGUUCCAAUUUAGAGAGCUUCAAGUAGCAACAAAUAACUUUAGCAACAAGAACAUACUUGGAAAAGGAGGCUUUGGCAAUGUGUACAAAGGAAUUCUCCAAGAUGGAAGUAUUGUUGCCGUCAAGAGGCUAAAAGAUGGCAAUGCUGUUGGAGGAGAGAUUCAAUUCCAAACUGAAGUUGAGAUGAUAAGCUUAGCAGUGCACCGUAACCUCCUUAGGCUAUAUGGAUUUUGUAUCACACCGACAGAAAGGCUUCUAGUGUAUCCUUACAUGUCAAAUGGCAGUGUAGCUUCUCGUCUUAAAGGAAAACCGGUUUUGGAUUGGGGGACGAGGAAGAGAAUUGCGUUAGGAGCUGCAAGAGGACUAUUAUACCUCCAUGAGCAAUGUGAUCCAAAGAUUAUCCAUAGAGACGUUAAAGCAGCAAAUAUAUUGCUUGAUGACUAUUGUGAGGCUGUGGUAGGGGAUUUUGGAUUGGCAAAGCUUUUGGAUCACCAAGAUUCACAUGUUACUACCGCUGUUAGAGGCACAGUUGGACACAUAGCACCAGAAUAUCUUUCCACAGGCCAAUCUUCUGAGAAAACAGAUGUUUUUGGAUUUGGUAUUCUGCUUCUUGAGUUAAUCACUGGCCAAAGAGCACUAGAAUUUGGCAAAGCAGCUAACCAGAAAGGAGCCAUUCUAGACUGGGUAAAGAAGAUUCAUCAGGAGAAGAAGCUUGAAAUGCUUGUAGAUAAAGAUUUAAAAGCGAACUAUGACAGAAUUGAACUUGAAGAAAUAGUACAAGUGGCACUUUUGUGCACCCAAUUCCUUCCAAGCCAUAGACCAAAAAUGUCUGAAGUAGUUAGAAUGCUUGAAGGUGAUGGACUUGCAGAAAGAUGGGAAGCUUCUCAAAGAGUAGAAGCAACUAAGCCCAAACCCCAUGAAUUCUCUUCAUCGGAUCGAUAUUCUGAUCUCACUGAUGACUCUUCAUUACUAGUUCAAGCAAUGGAGCUCUCUGGUCCAAGGUGAAUUCUUUGCAAAAAUUUUCAUAUAUUUUCUUCUUAUUUUUUUUUCCUCCUUGAUUUUCAAAGAGAAUUAGAAUGUUAGAAGAGCAAAUUUAUAGGUGAAGAUGUUUUGUAAUAGUGCAAUCAUGAUUGAAGUUCUAUUUUCUUUUUUCUUUUUUCUUUUUUGUAUAAUAGGGGUUAUAUUCAGAACUCUAAAGGGUUUAAAUGUUUUUACUGAAUUGUACAGAUUCUGUUUGGCAAAACUGACAAUUUUUAGAAUGGAAAAAAUUUCAUGUAUUUGUUUUCUGA